AAUUUCCAGAAAUAUUAUGGAUUGGGUGAAAUUUACGAGAAGAGAAGGGCCACUAUUGAAAAUGCAUGCGACAAAAGUCAGGACGGUUAUAUGGGGAAUUCUGAAGGAUCUAAAGUGGCAAAAAAACUCGUGAUAAACCGCAGUCGGCAUCUCGUUUACUGCCCCGUUCAAAAGGUCGGAUCUACGUUUUUAAGGAGCCUUCUGCGUAUGGUGAACAGAGACGGAAAGAAAAAUAUCGACGGACGAAGAAUGCAUGAGAAAAAUAAGAACUCCACAAGCACAGAUGUCACAGACUUGCAUUAUAUACUAACAACCUCAUUUAAAAUGAUGUUUACACGGAAUCCAUAUGAGAGGUUGUUUUCGGGAUACGUUGAUAAACUCUUCACUGUAAAUACAUUGUACUGGGCGAUAACAGGAACCUAUAUAAAAAAUAACAUUCUGAAUCCUAAAGAUGAUUAUCGUGAAAAGUGCGGACAUGGGGUAACUUUUCCGCAAUUCAUAAAAUACGUGAUCGCAUCAUUUAAAACUGGUGAACAUACUAACGCCCACUUUACUCCUAUCUACGAACACUGCCUGCCUUGUCAGAUAUCAUACGACUUUAUAGGGAAGAUGGAAACAUUUGCAAAUGAUUCGCUUGUUCUGUUGAAUGGUUGGAACAGACGGUACGGUACGAACAUUACAUACGAUGAUUUUGAGGUAGAGACAUCAUUACUUAGAGCCGGAGGACAGGUCGGUCGUCUAUACCAAAUGCGAAUAGGUUUAGAAAAAUGCAUGUCCUUUUAUUCCGCUAUGCAGCGAAUAUGGAAAGAUCUCCAAAUUCGAGGUAUGUUGUCAACUGGUAUAAGCCUUCCGUUUAACCGCUCUAAGGCUGGGAAUGUUACUAAAACGCAGAUGCAGGAUGUGGUAACUAAAGCCAUCCAGGAAAGUUUUACAGAUCGAACAGGACUACUCCGUCAGAAAGAAGAGUCUAUAAGUCAGGCGUACAGUGACGUACCCAUGGAGGACUUGUUGGAGCUCAGAGAAUUGGUCCGACCAGAUUGCGAACUUUUCGG